CGCAACUCAAACUUCAAACUUGGCCUACAUUCAAAGCUGGGAGCGACCCACAAUCAAAGCGAUCUUCCAUCGAAGUGUCAGUUUGUUUCAGUGCUAAUCGAUUUUCAGGAUGGCAUUCAUUUUUCUGACUUUUACAGUUCACGUCCGAGAUGGGCCACGGAUUUCUGCAGAUUUUCGAAACGUCACUACUUUGAAUGUCUAGGAAAAACUAAAACAGCAGUAUAACGAAAAACUCGCCACAUCAUCCAAUAUCUCCGUUUGAAUCCCGAACCUACAGGACCUCUGUCGAAUGGAAACAAGCUUUACAUACACUUCAUGCGAGUUACAUUUUUCUUGGAAGAAUAGGAUAGCAUCGAGGUACUUAGUACAACAGGAACAGGCGACUUCUAGAUCCGUAGCUCUGCCACUUGCGCAAUAGAUUCACGCUUGACAUCAGAAUGUUCGGAUUCGGGGGCAGUAACAGCGGUGGUGCGUUCGCCGCCCAAUUCGGUGGAGGCAACGGUGGCUCCACCGACCAGCAGCAGUCGCAGAAUUUUUUUGGCAGUGGCGUGGUAGCGCAACCCGGCGGCCUACAGGGCGGCGGUGGCUUUUUGCACGGUACACCGACACAAGACGCAACGGGCGGCGAGCAGGCAGGUGGUGGUGCGCGGACAGGCGGUGGCAACGCCGGUGGGAAUACCGGGGAUCAGAUAAGUCGAAAAACAACGUCGGUGUCCUGCUACCAAGUGCACCAGAUGGUCAGCGAGAACAUGAAAAACGGCUCUGACGCCACACUCAAGCUCUACGGGGAGGAGGUACGUGUACAGUUAUAGAAAAGAAGUAGUCGUGUGAACGUGAAGACUAAGCUCAAAAAACAAAUAACUCUGCGCUGGUGCAAAUGAGGGAAGGGACAUAACUCCUGGUAAGCUUUUAGUUUUUUGAUGUUUUUUCUGCCAACGCGUUGGCCUGUGCUUCUUCCCAACCGCGACCUACAGAGGCGCAUCUAGUAUAUGUUUUCGUGCGAACACUCCCGCAAUUCUAUUUCUAAUACAUACGUCGCUCCUCACUUCCAGGUGCAAUACUUGGCUCUGACGGGCGUAAUACGGAAGUGCAACAACGAAGAACGAGACAUGGACACGGCUUUGGAGAUUUUUCUGGAUGACCAGACCGCGGUCGUCAAAGUGCGCAAGUAUUUCGAUGGGACCAGCGAGCACGAGGCAGCGCUACACGAGUAUACAACAAAGCAUAUUUUGAUGAUUUGGCAGACUAAAGUAGAUUCUCACUCUCGAUCUCGUUUCGAUUUCGCCUAUGGAUGGAGUAUAAUUACUUCUGCCCAGAGGUGAGCUUCACUUUCUCUCUAGCAAAGCAAAUACUUGUUCGCCAAACCAAAGAACCUUCACAACAGCUCUCUCGCCCCGUCCAUGAUGAUUCGUGUAGUUGGAACGGUGCGGAUGCACGGUAGCAUGUUUUGGCUAGCCGCGAUUAAGCUCGAAAAGUUGUCAGAGCUUGGGCAGAUGUAUGCCGACGCUAUGACUCAGUAUCGGCUCCUGCAGAAGUACAUGAUGAAGAGACAGGAAGAACUCGCACAGCAGGGCCAGCUACAACAACCAGGAGCGGCCGGCGCUGUUAUUAAUGCUGGAGGCCAGCACCAGCAACCAUUAACUGUAGGUAGCAACAAUCUCGUUUCUGGUGGCCUUCCCCCUUCUGCCGCUGCCGGGCACCCCGCCGGCGGGUCUGGGCUGCCGCAGAUGAAUGUCGUGAACAUGAUGGCGCAGCAGCGGCAGCAGGCGCAAAUGCAGCAGCAAAUGCAGCAACAACACGGAACGUUGUCGGGCACGCAGCUCCGCGACGGCAUCUUGCGUGUUUUGCGGGACGGCACCAAGGACAUCGAAAAGCCGGACGGACUGACACUAGACGAUAUCACCGCGCAACUGGGCGCCGGUGCCGACAAGCAGGAAGUGGCGCGAUUUGUGCAGGACCUCUGCAACGACGGACAGAUUUUCACUGGCGACACGGAUGACAGGUAUCUUCCCUCAGACUGCUGAGCAGAGACACGAACUGAUUGCAUCGCAUACUAUACGCGCACAGUACGCGGUCGCGGUCGCGGCCAGCACGGACGGACGACAAUAUUCCAGCCAUGUUAUGGAUACGGCGCUCGAAAAACGACCACGAAAUAGAACUUCCUUUGUUCGAUGCAUGGGUCGUCCGCUUCCGCCCUAUUCCAAGAGCGAAAGACAGUGUUUUUAUGUUUCUGUUUCGGAACCUCAACCUCAAACACGACAAAAAAAUGAUCAAAGCGCUGUAUCUGCCUCCACUGGAGACGGCCAUAAGACUGUUCAGAGACCCGAUCCUCAGGAGUAGUUUCUAUUUCUUCAUUGGCUGGUCUGAAGCCGCAGUUGAGUGAAUCGUCCAUCCAUAAGAUCACCUCGAAGAUGAAAC